AACGAACCGACUCCAUGACGCUACAAAAUGGUGGACAACGCACAACAAGACUUUAUUACAGGUUAAAUACACAGAACAGUUAUGGAAGUUUAUAGGAAGAAAGAAGUAGUUCCUCUCCUCCAGCGUGAAUUUACAUUUCACCCAAUGGAGUUGCGAAAGGAACCAAAGACAUUUCAAGAUGAACAAGAAACCAAUGAGGUGGAGGAAAAAUUUGAAGAAGAAAUCCUUGAGAUGGAAAACAGGAAGUGGAGGGGCGUGUCUUUGGUUUGGCAGGAUGCCAUUUUACUGACACUUGACUUCCUGCAGAUAUUUGCCCUGAUACAGUCCAUGGCCCUUCGCUGGACUUACUCAUCUGACUGGCUGGCAAAGGCAUACUUUUUCUUCUUGUUCAAUCUAGAUGUUUGGGAGUUUACCAAGUUACAUAAGAAUAUCUGGAUUGAUUUGAAAAGCUACUACACUCCAAGUACAUCUGUUCCUCUGUCAUACUGGUAUAUUGCUGUUGGCUGGUUUUCAGUCGUAGCAGGCUUAGCACUGCUGUUUGUAGCCUUCUAUGCUUUCUUGAAAGUCCAUCAGCCCAGACGACUCGGAAACAAGUUAGCAUGGGUACGGCGUAUAUUCUUCUUCCUGGUACAAGUGCUUACACUGCCUCUGGGGACGACCAUAGCCCACCUGUGUCAGUGUACAGACGCUAACAGAGUGGACGUGAUGAAUGAGAUCGUCUGUUUUACAGGCAUGCACUGGCUGUAUGUGACAUUCGGUAUCAUUAUUGCUGUUUUUCUCUUUGUUGUGUUUCCUGUCUACAUCGUCUUCAAGGUGCGGAGAGAAUCUGUCGGCUCAUGCAGCAAACACCAUGAGUCAUUUCUGCUUUUGAAGGAGUCGGAGUACAAAAUAGGUUUGAGUAAAGCCUGGUUGUACAGCGACAUGUACCUGUACUCAUCAUUUCGUUUCUGGGGUAUUUACCACCGAGUGAUCAUACAGAUCGUGAAGAUGAUUCUGUUGAUCAUUUAUGUGGCAACGUUUAAGAACAUUGUUACCCAAGCCUGGACUCUGGCAGCAUUCCUCGCUAUAUUCUUUGUCCUUUUCCUCUUCAUCCGACCCUACAGACUGACCAGUUUCAACGUAAUGCUAGUGAUGAGCUACCUUGUCCUGUUUGGCCUGACCCUUAUCGGUGCCAUGAAGACAGAGUUUAAUGCCUACACACUGGACAAUCCCUGGAUGACGCCUAGUUACAGUAUGUGGUUGGUAGCUCUGUGUAUGGGGUGCUGGGCUUUGAUUUGGAUCAUAUUUUCCAUAUAUUUGAUAUUCUACAAGAUCCGACAUUGCUGUAACAAGACCAAGCUGCCUCUGUGGCCUACCUUCACCAGCUCAGAUGAGGAUUACAUCAGUCCAGAGGCCAGGAAGUUCCUGAAGACUUUCCUUAGGGCCCGCAUUGUUUUGGACAAGACAAAGGAAUCACCCCAAAUAUUUGCCCAAGUUCACGAUCUGGCCCAGCAGAUCAAGGUCCUGAAUGUGUACUGUCGAGAGGCGGAGUACCUUGGCGAUGCCCUCCACGGCAUUAUGUGGGAUUUACUGGAUGAGAUGAUUGAUGUGCACUCUGACCUUUCACAGAAAUCUUUGUUUGCUGAAACGGUGAAGGAGUCGAUACGUUACACGUCCCAAGAGUUCCUCAAAUUGAUGCCGUCGUUCACACAGAGGCUGGCCCAGCGGGACUAUGACCUCAUCCUCGUCAACCCCAUCAAGAAACGCAUGCUGCUCAAGAUGUACUGCAUGGGAAUCUUCCUGAAUGGCCGUAAGGAGAAGUUGGCUAAGGCUCAAAUGUUGACCAAGCCUGCACUUGACACAAUCUGGCAGGAAACUGACCACAGAAGUGAUGUAGAAGAGGGUUAUUACGAGGACCUGUAUCCCGACCCCUUGGAGAUCCAGUCAGAUUCCUCAGUUGACCUGUCCCUGGAAAGUGCAGACAAUGAUGAUGAUAUCAGCUUCAACCGAGUUUAUGACCAGCUUCCUCAGGUGGAGACUCUACGGACAGACUUUUUCAGACCUGUCAACUCCCCACGCCCAGGAUCUGCAUCCUCUGCAUCUCUUCACCCCGGAUCAGCUUCAUCCAUGAUCCGCCCUGGGUCUGGUGGGUCCCAUUCUAGGUCAGCAGCCUCACUCCAGCGCCCAUCGUCUGGCACCUCUGCUGGAAGUCAAGGCCACAGCAAUCCUGGAUUUAUUCCCGAGGAGGAGACCCUUCCUGGAUACAUAGAGGCAACAGAUGAUCGUCCGGCCAGUCGAGAAAGUGUCAGCGUCAUUGACACUAAGCAAGCUGACUCCGGACCAGAAGGGAACAAUGUACCAGAUUUGCUACAAGCUGCUGAUGCUGUGAUUGACAUGGAGGCAUCCUCCCCUUCACAUGCUUCUCCGAAGAAGAAAAAACUGAAGAAGAGGAGUUUAAGGAACAAAACAUCUGGCAGACGAGAGUCUAAUGCCUAAGACCUUUAAGAAGUUUUGUCGGAAUAAAUUUUUCUGCUGUUUAUGAAAGAAAUAUUUUAGAAGCCGGAAACACAAUAAUUUAAGCUAUUAUUUGUUUAAGAACAAAGGGAAAGUAUGAUAUAUAUCGUCUGUUUGGAAGUCAAAAUAUGUCAUAAAGUUAUUGAUGUAUUAAGCAAUAUCAGUUAAUUUUUGAGAACUUUGAAAAUUUGAAACCAAUCAUUUUACUAUUUGCAGCAAACAAAAUACAUUAUUAUUAGAUACAGUUUUCAAUUGGUAUUAGGAAAAAGACAUUUUGACAGGAAACAUAUGUCACAUUCGUUGAUAUUUGCUUAUGAAAUGAGGAAACUUACUCAUGUAUAAUCGGGUGUGAAUUUAAGGUCACAAUUAUAGGAUUUUAUAUAAUCAUGGACACCAUAUUAAUGCAUAUUGACAUCUUUUACUAAAACUGUAUCAAAGCUGUGAUAUUUAACAUAAAAAUGAUGACUUGUUGAUCAAUUUGUCAAUAAAGUGUUGAAAUAAUGAUAUUUUUAUGUGAUAAUUUUAAUUUUUACAGAGUUGUAUAUAAUUAUUCUAGGUGUGUUAGUUUAUAGAUAUUUUUUAUUAAACAACAUUUUACUUGUCCGUCCGACUUAAUAUAGAGGUUGUGUUAAUAAAUUUAGUUUGAUCAAUUAUCUGUAUCCUGCUUCACUAGAUUACAUAGCAAAGCAGACGACCUGUCAAAAUCAGUGGCCAGACAAAGCCAAUGGCCAGUACAAGUUAUUAACGCUCACAAAUAAUGCCAUGCACAAGUUUAUGAUCUGUCAAUGUUCUGAGAUUUAUCAGUCAAAGACAUUCAAAUACUGGAGUCUGUAAUCUAGUGAAGCAUUUUACAGUCUGCAGGAUCAAGGCUAUAAACAAAAUGUGAAAUUUCAGUGUGGAUUUGUAUACACACAGAUGUUUGACGCACAUGUAAAUACAGAUGUUGAUUUGACGUCCAUGUACAUAAAGAUGUUCAUUUGACAAAUAUGUUUGUGGAUAUUGAAAUUUUGACUGAAAUUUUUGAUACCAUGGCCUGGAAUUUAAAACUGAUGAUACUUGAUGAGGUUUGAUAAUAUGUAUUGACGUUCUUUGUGGAAAUUAUACAAUGGUGGCUGGUCCACCUCAGUUGUUUGUGUAAAUACAGUGCAUAAGUAGUUAAUGUGAUCAAGUAGGAACAUUGGGUAACAUUUUGUCUAACAAUUUCCUGUUUAAAGAUUGCGUUACCAUAUCUUGUUAUAAAAUGUUGUUUAUCAUUUCUCUCUUUUGAAGAUUUUGUUCAUUGUUUUCUAUUGUAAGUUUAUGUUUCUAGAUCCUAUCUAGAGAAUUUGUUUCUCUUUUGAUUCCUGUCAUAAGAUUCUAUGUAUCCUUUCUCAUAUAUUGUUUUUGGUAUCUGACUGUGAUUCCUGCUCUAGAUAACAUAUUGGGAGUAAAAUAUACAAAAAGUUGAAUAGACACAAUGUUUAUGUAAGACUAAUAAUAAAGUAUUAGAAUGAAUAGUCAAAUAUAAUAUAAAUUUAAACUAAUAUAUCAUUUAAGAGUAAAUGUUGUAUUCCCAACAUUGAAGAGUUAUCUCCCCUUUACUGUGGUGUAAAAUAAGUUCUUUGAUCAGAUGUUUGAUUGAAGUCAAGUGAUUUUAAUGAGUAUUGGCAUGAUUUAUUUUGAAAUUUAAAAGUAAGAUUGUAAAUUAAACUGAAAAUUCACAAUGUAAACAUUUCUGGUAAGCAAAAUCAAUAUUUUAAAUGAGGCUGAUGAAACGUUGAUAAAUUAAAUCAGGCUGUUUAAAUACUGACCACUAAAAUCAAGCUGAUGAAAAAAUUAACAUGUAAAUCAAGCUGAUGAAAAAAUGACCAUUUGUAGCAAUUCCAAUAGGAAGGCAUGGUAGUCUAGUGGUAGGAUGCUGGGCUCAUGACCGAAGGGUUGCGGGUUCGAGUCACGUCAAGUCAAGUCAC